AAAGGGAGAGAGAGUGAGAGAGAGAAAGAGGAGGAGGAAGCGGGGACACGGUAACCUGCAGGAGGACUCACAUGGUCCUGCAGCAGCGGAUCCCAGACCAUCAGGACUCUCAAACCCCUAACACUCUAGCCCACGUCUUCUUCCCCAACACCACCCCUCCUCCUGUAGUCUUAUUUUAUUUUCGCAUCCUUGCUCCCGCAGCCCAGUGUUGGGGUCGGACUUGGGCCGGCAAAGCAGCGCCAUGGCUCGGGAGAACGGAGACACCACCGGCAGAGGGGAAACGUGGAAAAAACAAGUCGACGACAUUAAGAAGAUUUUUGAUUUUAAAGAAGUCCUCGGCACAGGGGCGUUUUCAGAGGUGGUCUUGGCCCAGGAGAAGCUGACCAGCCGUAUGUUUGCAGUGAAAUGCAUCCCUAAGAAGGCUCUGAAGGGGAAGGAGAGCAGCAUCGAGAAUGAGAUUGCCGUGCUGAGGAAGAUCAAGCAUGAGAACAUUGUGGCACUGGAAGACAUCUACGAGAGCCCCGACCACCUCUACUUGAUUAUGCAGCUGGUGUCUGGCGGCGAGCUGUUCGACCGAAUCGUGGAAAAAGGAUUCUACACGGAGAAAGACGCAAGCACGCUGAUCCGGCAAGUCCUGGACGCCGUUAACUACCUGCACAGGAUGGGAAUCGUGCACCGAGACCUGAAGCCAGAGAACCUGUUGUAUUUUAAUCCUCAAGACGAGUCCAAGAUUAUGAUCAGUGACUUUGGUCUUUCAAAGAUGGAGGGCAGCGGUGACGUCAUGUCAACUGCCUGUGGCACGCCAGGAUAUGUGGCUCCAGAGGUUCUCGCCCAGAAGCCGUAUAGUAAAGCAGUCGACUGCUGGUCCAUUGGAGUGAUCGCCUACAUCUUGUUGUGUGGUUAUCCUCCAUUCUACGACGAAAACGACUCCAAGCUGUUCGAGCAGAUCCUGAAAGCUGACUAUGAGUUUGAUGCACCGUACUGGGAUGACAUAUCAGACUCAGCCAAGGAUUUCAUCAGCAGACUGAUGGAAAAAGACCCAGCCAAGCGUUUCACUUGUGAACAGGCGCUCAGACACCCCUGGAUCGCUGGGGAUACGGCUCUCUGCAAGAACAUCCAUGAGUCAGUCAGCCGGCAGAUCAGAAAGAACUUUGCCAAGAGCAAAUGGAGGCAAGCGUUCAAUGCCACUGCCGUGGUUCGGCACAUGAGGCGGCUGCAGCUUGGCAGCAGCAUGGGGAGCAGCAUUGAUGCGUCCAACGCACCGACUAGGCCGAGUCAGACGCAGAAGUCAGCCCAAAGCCAGAGCCAGGCGGGCCAGAACCAGCCGGCUCAAAGCCAAAAUACCGGCCAGACGGCGCAGAGCCAGAGCACCAGCGCUGUCGCCAGCAAGAUCUCUUCCAUCGAUAACAACAUAGCAGCUCCCCACAAAGAUUGUGUCACUGCACCAGUCACACCCUGCAGCCUGGCAUCUGCAGCCUCUUCUCCUGCCACGGGGACGGAGCUGAACCGGCCACACCCAUCUGCGGUCCCCGCCCCGGUUCUCACGGAAACCAAGUGACGCCAGGUCCCGCGGGGAACCAGCUGGGAGGCCACGGCGCUGUGAAGCAGGGAGAGCGGGAAAGAAAGAGAGAUCGAGGACGACCAGUGAGGAAGACGAUCGCCCUCUUCUUUGUCCCUCCCUCUCUUCGCUUUACUGCCUCUCGGAUAGGCCCCCCAGCCAGUACCCCGCCCUGCUCGUGGGAGAGCAGAGGACUUUACCGCCACCCCACCGAUUCAAGCCACCAUUGUCAUACUGCACACCCACCAGGAUGUCAGCGUAAAACUCGUCCUGCCACAGCCACAGCACACCCACGGUCUCACACCGGGGAUGUUCACACAGUUGGCUUUGAUCAUUACCUGAUAAAAUGGUGUCCACUGCUCCACCUGUGAGCUGCAGUUGGUGGUUCACGGUGGAGCUGCUGGUGUCAUACAAGUUCAACCUUCCCAUUCAAUCUGAUCUUUCCCGCAUCAAUUUAUUUAGUUUUUUUUUCCGACUUAGGUUUGACUGUUGGCAAACGGAUUGUUUUACUUUUAUUAACUGCUGUUAAAUUUAAAGACGCUAUGUGUAACAAACAUAUCAUUGUCAAAUUGAUAUUGCUACCUUGGCAUAAUUAGUGUAACCAAAUGAGACAAUACCCAAGAUGAACCACAUGUAGUUCCUCUUUAUUAAUAGCUGUUGUUGUGUUAGGAUCUAAAUUAGAACCCAAUUCCCAUCAUCGCCAGAUGCUUGGUCUAAAAACAGCAAAUCUCACUUCCUGUUAAUCAAACACAUCUCCCUGCCAAUCUGACCUGGUAAUUGUGGAACACAGAAAACAGGCGGUCGUUGUUUUUUUUAAACACAAAUGAUGCAGAUGUAGCAAAUUCAUGUUGACAGUGGUUUAUCCGUGUAAAAAUGCCACACAUAGCACCUUUAAGACAUUUGUGUGUCCUUAUGGGCUUGGUUCUCUGUUUGUUUGUUCAUGCUUUAAGAAGUGCUUUAAAAGUACCAUAUGACUGUUGAGAUGUGGAAACAUGAGUAAGCGCUUUAUCUAUUUUGCACAGAAAGGAUCAGACAUAGAUUAGCUGCCAUUCACAUGUGUUUAUCAGAGUGAGUAGAGAUUGUAAACCUUUAUUGAUUGGAUGUCAGAGCAUUAUACAACUUGUUUAUUGUCUGAAAGAUUCUGAUUUGUUUAUUAUUUUCUUACUUUAUUAAAACUUUUAUAAUAAUUGCCCUUUAAGGGACACACAUAAUGGUUAUUAAGAAACAUGGAAUAAGUUUAGGAUAGAAUUAGAACACAUAGAGAUAAGUAUUUACUGGAAAACACGUCCAGGUAAAAAAGUCAGAAACUAAAGAUGGAUUGUCAUUAGACUUCCCAAGGAGCUACAGGCAGCGCAGCAUAGUUACUAAAAGAAAGGCCUGGUGGGUCCUCAGAGACACAAUCCAGAAUGGAGAAGCUGUAGCCUGCCGUCGUUCUUUAUGUCUCUACCGAAGCCAUGAUCUCACCUUCUUUAUUUGUCAAGCUGCACCCAGUCCAGAAGUGCUCAGGGAAAACUGCAGCUGCACUGUGCGCUGGUGAACACCAGUUUCCUGAUUUAGUCUUUUUAUUUUUGGGGUUUGUCACAGUCCGGCCGUUCCAGCCAGCAUUGCAGUUAAUGAUCCAGGCUUCAGGACGUUAGCUGUGUCCUUACUGUAGUGUUGUGUUGGUGCGCGACUUCACCAUUGAUAAUUUAGACCUGGACUUCUAUUGACCAUAUACAUACGUGGGCUCACUGCAGGCAACAGCAGGGCAUCGAUGCUUACUUUUGAAGCUUUUUUUGAAGCAUUUUCAAAGAAACGUCACGAAAUGUAAUUAAAGACUGAAAGCAGCGAUUCACCAACCACGCUGGCUGAUACCUGCAGCACUUUUCAAAGAAGUUGGGACAGGGGCAUAUUUCAUAAUCACCACUUAUUUCAAUUGUUUUGAAAAACCUGGAGGCCGAUUGCUGUAGUUUUAAAAGAAAAAAUGUUUAUCCCACUAAUCUUUGAUAUUGGAUUUCAGCUGCUCCGCAAUAUUUCUGAUAGCUUUUCAGAAGCAUUUCUGAACACAUGCAGUGAUUUCCAUUAAAGAAAAGCAGCAGCAGUAAGUUGCAACUAACCUGUCCUAUGGUGGCAGUUGAUGAUCUCUAUGGACGGUUUAUGCUUGUCAGUGUAGCCCUAAAACAUGUGCAAGUGUCCCCAGGUUAGGCUUUACCACCUUUUAAGAGAUUACAGGGCUGUACUGAUGUCACUGGUGAUGCGUGCAACACCCAAGUCCAGGUUUUUUAGGCAUUAAUCUACUUUUCCAGUCGUUAUUUCUGCCCCAACUCUUUCAAACUUUUUGCUGUUUUCAAAUAUAUAAUGAUAUAUAAUAUUACUUCAUGUUUUCUUUAUGCUAUUUUCAAUUCAGUGCGGAGGUUAGGACAUGGUAAAUCAAUGCAUUCUCUUCGUUAUUUACAUUCUACAUGUUGUCCCAACUUUUUUGGAAACGGGGCUCUAAAUAAAUGCACAGAUCCACGACUCAGUCAGUAUUUUUGACUACUAACCCGACUUUUGUUUUCAUCACCUAAUGGAACUCUUGAACAUGGCUAAUGGCCUUUCCUGUCCCAGAACGCAGAGCUGUACAAUGUAGGGUGCUCACUCACACAUAUCAGAUUGUCAUGUCUUUAUUCGAUGCAAUUGUACCGAUCCCUUUAUUGAAUUGUAGCCAAAGACUAUUGCUUGGUAAUGAAGACAAUUUGGUUCAUUCUGCAGUGCUUGACAAAUUAGAACAAAACUAGCCAGAUUUGAAGUUGUUCAAGAUGGAAACUAAGGGCUUAAUUAUAGCUGCAAAAUAACCUAAAGAGAACGUUUUGUGACCUUUUAUCUUUUCAAAAUCUGUUGCCAUUUACAUUAUUUUUAUUGCCUGAAUUGUCUUGCUAAAAAACUGUGUUCAUAGUGCUUGUCUCGAUAUGUGGCAGUAUGAGGUGGGUGUGAGGCCACAUUUGGAUAAAAUUUGGGUUAAGGUGAAAAUGACAGUAAAUCUACACUCACAGAAGUUUUCUCAAAUUCAUUUUUGGUUCACUGCACAGUUCUGUGUGUUAGACUCCAUCUACCAUCUAGUUUAUCAUCUCUUUUACCCUCACUGAAAGGAUAAGGAGUAAUGUUUCUAAAGUAUUUCUGCAUUUUUCCUAUCGUCAGCUAAUGACAAAGUCACACUAGGGUAAAAGUGGCUGAAGAUUGCAGCAUGUCCAAAAUUACUGUGGCGAUGUAGAACGAUAUUAUGAUCUUGCUUUCUUUGAAAUGGUUGCUUCGAACACUGGGACCAGUCUGCAACCACUCGCAGUCAACUGCCCCCUUCAAAGCAACUUUGGUGUGUCAGGAAGGCAAUAAAAUGGCAAUAACACCAAGUCAGUCUGCUAUCAGUUUGUGAUGGAAUGGAAACAAGUUGGUAAUUACAUGCUGUCUGUUUGUGAUAACACUCAUUAACUUUGAUAAAUUGGUUAAAAUUGCUAAUUUGUUGCCAUCUUCAUACACAGAAAUUCAUCAGAACCUCAUAGAUUUGAAACAGACUCAGAAAUGACUCUAUAAGUAAUGACUUAGUUGCUGCAUGAUGGCAAUUUAUUCCAAAAAUGGCAUAGGUGCUUGGCAACCUUGCAUUUAUAUUGGAAUAUAACCAGACUACAACCAGUUGAGACGAAUCCUCUUGCAGAUGAGUUGCACUCACUAGCACACUGACUGAGAUUGAUUGCAGUGUGUUGGCAAUUUGUCUGUUUUUAAAGUGUGUUAAUUUACACACCAAUUAUUUCUAAAUUCUGCCAUUCAGAGUCUGUGUUUGGAGACUGGUUGCUUUCGUCACUAAAAGCAGAAAACUUGAAAAUGCAAGUUCCAGGUCAUCAUCCUAUUUUUCUCUAUAAUAGCCAUAAUCCCACAAAAAGUCCAAAACCAGCAUUGUGUUUAAUGUAUCUUACCUAGUUUACAAAGUUCUUGCCCCAUCUGAAGCUCUGACCCCAGAGUCCUUCCUUCUGUUGGUUUUUCAAAGAUAAGAUGUGGGUCCAAGUAUGUGUGAUGAAGCAAAAUUUCCAGCCUAAUCCAGCAGUGUGUCUAAGGUGAUGUGUUUCUAAUAGGUUUCGGCCAAAACAUUAUGCACAAAAAACGCCUGUUUUUGUAGGUGCGCUCGUUAUUGGCUUUGCUUGAAGGUUGUUCAGGGGAAGAAAAAUGUCAUUUAUAAUCUUUUGAAGGAUGACAACAUAAAAAUCCAUCAGCUAUAAUACACAAUGUAAAGUCGCAGAAAGACCAUAAACUACUGAUUAUGUAUUUUAGGUUAAUGUUCAGUUAGUCACAUUAUGGGAUGUGGGCCCACCCCAUAUUGGAGAAAUAAAAAGUCAGUAUAUCUUUAGCUUUUCAUUCUGUCUGUGGCAGUGGGAUAUUUGACAUUUUAAAUACCCUUUUAAUGGAUAGAAGACUGCGAAAAACACUAAUCAUGCUGCAGUUCUUGUUUAUAAAACUACAGUCUUCGCAGAAUGUACUGUUUUUCAAGCACUAUAGGAUAAAUUGUAAAACUUGCAUAAUAUAUGGUGACACUAGUGAUGCAUGCACUUCUCGGUGUCAUGAAGACUAUUCAUUGGCUGAAAACACUUCUGUUACUUUAUGCACAAUGCUGUAGCAACCAAGCAAGUCUGAAGUUCGAUGAGUAUGAAUAUUUAAGGCAGCGUGGGUCAGGGCAGUCAAAAAAGAAGCAAACUUCUAAUGUUUGAACUGCUGCACACAUGCCUGCGCACAGAUAGUUGAGAUUUCUGAAGGUUUGCAUUUAUUCCAACACAUUUUUCUGAGAGGAAACUAAUCCGACUCUGACGUCAAUGUAUACCGAAGGGAACUUUCUACCGUGUAAGGGCUUUAUUCCAAUGACCACCUUAAUCUUAUUCUUCACUGUUAUCGCGUCGAUUUACCCAUUGAUUGCUAUGCAUUUUUUAAAAACAUUUGAAGUGUGUUGUCAAUGUUUUUUAUUUCUGGAAAGCAUGAUCAGGAAACAAAAGAAAACAUCAGCAGCUCUAUUUAAAUCUAUUCAAGACCAUUUCACUCAUUUACCUAUUAUUAUUAAAUUUGAAUGAGCUACAUUAGGGAUUUAAGAGGUUGUUCAAAGAGGUUAAUGAAUUAGGAAUACCGUUCAUUAAAUGUGAAGUCGUACACUUUAGCUUGGACGUGUGGGCUUCUGAAUGUGCUGUGAGGCAGGCAGAGGGUUCAGGUUCAUGCUCCUCUGUGGUUUUAUGUCUGCUGUUUUUGUUUGCUACAGAGAGAGAGAACAUAAAUGUAAUCCAAAUGAGUCUUUCCAUGCUACUGUAAAUAGAUUGUGAAUACUGAUGAUCAUUUUCAAGGUAAUAUUUACGAAUGUUUUGCUGUACAGGCAUGUCUGAGUGAGUGAAUGAACGAGUGAGUUUGCAAGGGAAGUUGAUUGUAUCCUCUAUGGAAUGUUUUAAUGUAAAAAAAAAAAUGUAACAAAAAAAAGCAGCUUCAAGUCUCCUUUACUUCCCGACUUUGCGGUUAGCUUUCAGAAACUGUCUGGCAGCACGCGACUGCUAUCAGCAGAGCUGCACAGCGCAGUUUAAUGCCAUCAGUGUUCCACCAUCACUUCAGUGUCAGUCCAACUAAAAAGGUGAAAUCAUCGUUUACUGAACUCAGGCUUACGUUUUUGUUUUUUUGCCAUUCUAACGGGAGAAAUCCAAAGCUGUGACCGACUCAGAAACACACUGUUACGGACGUUCGCUCUCUCCACUUUAAACUCACCAUCCUUUGACUUUUCUUUCUUUCUUUUUUUUUUAUGAAGAAAAAAACUGCACCUUCAUGAAAAAACACAAGCAUGUUGAAAAAAAGUGCUUCAAGAUUUCAACUUUACCAUGAGUGUUUGCAUAAUCUUAUAUGCCCUUGUAUGAUGUUCGUAUCUCUGUAUUAUGUGAAGACGUACACAGGUUGAGAUGACCGGGUCCACAAGAGCCAAGCAGAGUAUUUGUUCUAACUGGCAAAAUUUAACCCUGGAAUUACUUACUAUUAUUAUCACUAUUAUUAUUUGCUGGAUUAACUAUGUUUAUUACUAUGAAAGUUGCUUUAAUUCUGCUAAUUAGAAUGACUGUGUUGUCAUGUGACUGGAAGAAAAUGCAUUUAUAUUGCCCUUUUUUCAGGUUUUUAUUAUGCAAAUUGAAAAUACACUAAAUAGUGGUUGUGUCACUGAAUUUAUACUUAAAGCUGGUUUUAGUUGUAUGGAAGUGAAAUGUAUUCAGAAGAUGAGCAAGAUGACUUAAAAUCUCAAAAAGAGCCUUUCAUUGCUUGAAAACUAGAUUUUAUGGAAGCAGUAGUUGGUCAUAAGCUGAGUUUCAUCUAGGUUUUUUGUUUAGGUUAAAAAUUUGCAGUACAUUGUGGGGCAAGUAGUUUCUAAUGGAUGUUGUCAAAAGCAUGCUAGCUGACCUUUUUUUAACACGCGGAAGUGUUUGGUGUGUAAGGAGUUUCUGAAAAAUCAAUGAAGAAAAUUAAUAGUAAAUUUAGGAAUUAGGGAUUACUAUUAAGCUCUGUUCAAGAAAAGUGCAAGUGAAUGCAUUUGCACUUAUGUGCAAUUGUGUUUGGGCAUAGAGUUCUCAUCUAAGGCAUCUAAAAACUGAAUCAAAAGUGCAAAUAUAAAGAACUUUUAGUUUUAUGAUUUUAAAAUGUACUAUGUUACCUUACCAUAUGUGCGUUAGCUUUUUAUUUAGUUUGGCUAAGUUGAUAACGUAUAUUGUCUAGCUAAAUUCUCUGAUACUUUCCUUACUUAUUUGUAUGUCAUAAAUGCAAAGGCUAGAGAGUUUAAAAUAUAUAUAUAGCUACUGACUGUGUGUUGUAUGUAGACUAAUUAGCGGGGGUGGUUUUACCUAGCUAAAGUCUAUACAGUUGUUCAGUAGCAUUAUGUUGAAACUUACAAGGAAUUACAAGCAUGUAUGUGAAUUGUUACCGACUAUUUCAGUGUCCUCUUAGACUGAAAAAGUUGUUAGACUUUGUUAGCAUUAGUAAAUGCAUUAGCUAGCUUUGGUUUAGCUGAUGCUAAAAACACUCCACCACCUCUAACCUGAACAGCUAACUGACCAGUUGAGAGAAUCUCUCUCGCUAAGAUUUCUUUGUAGGACUAAAACUCUACACAUGCUGCUCUUUGGCCCCUGGUGUCUCCCUGUAGGUGUCCUUGUCCAGAGCCUGCUAAUUUAGCUGGCUGUAUUUACUCUCUGCAUGUGACCACAACAAACUCUCAUCCUGUGCACUGUCGUUACGUCGACGGUGCUCUCACCUAUCGGAGCGGCCACUGCCUGCCGCACUUAAAUGUGGUGUGAUAAUGAUGAUUUCGAUGAUGAUGAUUUUCUGUUGAUGGGGCUUGUAUAUCAGAUGCCUUUGACAAUCAUGUGCACAUAUCAGAGUUACCAUAACAACACAGGCCAGAGCGACUGAUUGUGUUUUGUUUGUCUUUUCUCCUGGAAUAAAUCCUGAAUGAUC